GUCUGUUUAUUCUUAUUUUUAUAUUUUUCAAUGGCCAAGGAUACUCGGACCAAAACCCUUUCACCUUUGCAAUAGGCAAGCAGCAUUCCUAAACCCUAAACCCCAAGCAUACGACGCCCCUAAGAUCAAGCAAUAAACCCUAAUUCGCAUAUUCUUUCUGCGUCGGUCCGCAUCAUCAGCAGCCUCAUGCGUUUCUUUCAAACGGAUUGUGAAUCGCUGCUCUCUCAAAUGAAGCACCAAGAGAAGCAGCUCGUAAGCAAACGGAGGUGGUUAAUGGGACUUCCUGUAUCCAAAUCCGAGCAAAAGAAUAUGAAGGGGUCAAAGUUCUUAGAAGACAGAUAUGUAUCUGAAUCAUUUCUCAGGGAAGACGACGUGUUUUAUGAGGCUGUCAAAACUUGUGUUGAAAAAGAAUUCGGAGCAUGUUUUUGGGGAAGAGGGCAUCAUGUAGUCGACAACAAUAUGCAACUGGAUUUGCCUCAUAUUAAAAAAUUUCUUUUCUCCCAUCUAGAUGAUUUGACCAAUAAAGGACUUUACUUUUUUGCCAAGAUGCUUACAGGAGAGACUGUUAAGUUUGAAAAAACCCACAGGAAGAUGAAGAAGCUCAUCAGGGAAUCUCUCUCAAAAAUUCUUAAUAAUCGUGGUCAAAACCAUCACCAAGCAGAUUUGAGUACACUGCUAUCUAAGCUUCUUGAGGAUCGAGAUAAUUUCCGAAAGAAUUAUAUCACACUUUGGACUGCUGCAACCCAAUGUCAUCAUGAUGCUGUUAUGAAGGUACUGGACGGACUUGAGGACAUGCCUUUCCAAACCCUCAAUGCAAUGCACAGGAAGCUCAAAGGUGUCAAGGGAGGAGUCCCACAGCUUCAUCACUCCAAAUCUGGUUGGAGUCGAGACCGUUUAGUCUGUCAGGUGAGGAGUACUUCUUUGGAGAUGCUUUCAGAACUUGGUGAAGGGGAUGUACUACAGGAGCCAUUAGCUAAAGCAAUGGCAGUUGCUAACUUGUCACUGAAGAUAACACCAGGCAAUCCUAAUUCAUUAGUAACAGAGUUCCAACAAUUUCCCCCAGAAAUAGAGUCCUUGCAGAACAACAUAAUAAAGGCUAUUUGGUUACUAAAAUAUAAAGUUAGACCAGCAGAAUUAAAGAAUUUACAACUUGUUCUUGACCCGAAGGCUGAAUUAUCUAAGAGGAGUCUAAAAACAGCGAUUGGGAAAUUGCUGACUGAAUAUCUAUUUGAGUGCGGUGACUUGGAUACCAUCCCAAAGUUUUUAUUAGAAACCCUUGAUAUUAUCAACAGGAGGUCUCAAAGUUCAAGGCAUUCAUAUUUUUCAAACAAGGAAAUAGAAGAGGAGGUAGAACAUGUAUUGAGUGUCAGUGCUCAGAUGAAGCAGAUUCUAUGGGACUUGCUUCCCGACCGUGGGUUAGAUCAAGAUUUCACUGAUGCAUAUGUGGAGGAUCUAGAUGAAGAUUAUGAUAGUGAUAAUUAUGAUGAUUGGGAGCAGAACUCUAGCAAGUUUCAAAUUAGUACUUCUCAUUCUAGUUAUUCAUGUCAGCUAAUGGGAAGUAUUGGGGACUCAAAUACAAUUGACUGUAAGCCAUCCACCUCUUCCAACCAGGAAAUAGGCUCCCCACAACUUGUUGCUCCAAUUGGAAGGUCUAAUGGGGAUUCCACUGAGGGAGCUGAACCUGGUAAUAUUUCUGACAUGAAUUUAAUAGAUCCCCAAACUUCUCCCAUUCAGCGAUCAAAAUUUCUGAACAGUGUGCAGACCAUGGGUACAAAUCAAGUAGAGAAGAUGGAUGAAAGAGGACCGACAUAUUCUAAUUUGGUUACAUCUACAAUGCAUAUGAGUGAUUCUCCUGGUCUUGUUUCUGCAAAUGGAAGGUUAAAUGACAAUUCUGUAGAAAGACAGGACGUUGAAGCAAAUACAGGGAUUGGUUCUGUAGAAAGACAGGACUUUGUUUCUGCAAAUGAAGAAAAAAUUUUGCCCGACAACAAAAGCAUGUCUAGGAAUGAGUAUCUUGCCUUCCAAGAAGUUUGUGACAAGACUAGUAUGGUUGCAUAUCAUCUCAUUGGUCGUUCAUUGGAGCUUUUCGCCCUAAGAGAAGGUUUUGAUUUAGACUUUAGUGCUGAAUCAUAUCUCAGAGGCAAUUUCUUAAUUUCUGAAGAUUUCCAAGUCGCAGAAAAGAGGCAGACCUCUUUCAAAGAAGAUGUGGAUGAUUCAGUUAUUCUUCAGGCAGUUGAAGAGCAAAUACCUUCAUUUCCUAAGAGUCAAAUGGACAAAUUGAAGGAGUUGAUGGGCCUACGGUAGCUUUAAUUUGCUGUGAUGAAGCUUUUUGAGAAAUAGUACGCUAGUAUCCUGGAGCUAUAUUUAGAAUUUUUCAUGUUAUGAAACAACUCAUCUCUGUGAGUAAAGGAGUUCAGCGUUUGAGAAUCUGUACAUAACUGUAAACUACAGUUUUCCCAAUUUUGGUUGCGUCUGUAAUAGAGUUGUCCCAAAAUUGCAGUUCAAUUUUGAGGAAUGGCCAAAUGCUGAGUCAAAUAUUCAAUUACCCAGUUGAUGUCCUUUGUCCCAGCAUCUUUUUCUGUAGCAUCGAUGUAUUUCACUCAUUUAUUUCCCACUUAUUCAAUUUUUGUAAUGCAAAAUGCACCCACAGCAUUGGCAUAAGGUCUCUAUUUCACUGAUUCUGGGUAUCCUGAAGAAUCGAAACACGAACCCGAUUUCUAAUUUUA